AUGAGCGACGACAACGAAGGGAACGCUGCCCAAGCUGCAAUCAUCAAAGCGAUCAGGGAUGACCCGUCACUGUAUCAACACCAGAUAUAUCUCACCCAAAGACCACCCAUUUUUCAGACAGUGGACAUGGACAAACUUGAAGAAUUAGCUGCUGAGAAACUCAGGAAAGGCAACCGGGAAAGGCUUAACUCAUUUGGCAAACCGUACGGCUUUCGACAAAUGGAGGAUUAUCCCAGGAUGAUGGUAGACGCUACCGUGCGGGAUUUAUCUGUCACUCUUUUCGGGAAGAAGUACCCCCACCCUAUUAUCUUGGGUCCUGUGGGAGUUCAGGGGAUCGCGCACGAAGAUGCAGAAUUGGCCACUGCUCGUGCCGCACAGAGGCUGAAGGCCAUAUACACACUUAGCACGGCUGCCUCGCGUAGUAUCGAACAAGUGGCGAACGAAAACGGAGCUGGAUCACGUUGGUUCCAAUUGUACUGGCCAAAAGAUAAUGCCAUUACUUUAUCCCUUCUCAACCGUGCAAAGCAGAAUGGUUACUCAGCACUUGUGGUGACCCUCGACACGAUCCUCCUCGGUUGGCGGCCUGAAGACCUUAAAAUCAACUACCUCCCUUUCAUACACGGAGUUGGUUGUCAGAUCGGCUUUUCCGAUCCCGUCUUCAUGACAAAGUGUAACUCUAUCCCCAUGGAUGUGGUUCCGACCUUCCCGUACGAUCCAGAAACCUUGAAUACACUUGCUGCAGGAAAUGGCCCUAAGACUGAGGAGUUCAAGAAAAUAAUGGAGAUUGCCAUCAGAUGGUUAAAGGACGAAGUGACUUCUGGGUUUUUCAGAACUUGGAGCGACGUUGGGUUCCUGAGAACCAGUUGGGAGGGGCCAUUGUUGCUAAAAGGCAUUCAGAGUUUGGAGGAUGCCGAGAAAGCAAUUGAUGCUGGGGUGGACGGGAUUGUUGUAUCCAAUCAUGGUAUGUUUUUCGGAUUCUCGGAAUUUCCAGACAGUGAGGAGUUAUCAGGUGGGAGACAGGUGGACGGCGCAAUUGGUUCUCUUGAUGCAUUGGAGCGCAUCAUGAAAUCUUCGCGGGUUAGAGAAGCUCAGAAGACUGGAAAGUUCACCGUCCUGUUUGAUUCAGGCAUUCGAACCGGCUCGGAUAUACUGAAGGCGCUUGGGCUGGGGGCUCAAGCUGUUCUGGUUGGAAGAUCCUAUAUGUACGGUCUUGCAUUGCAAGGGCAAGAAGGGGUCGAGGAGGUUCUCAAGAUACUAUUAUCCGACUUGAACGCGACUAUGGGGCUGGCAGGCUAUAAGGACAUUGAAGAUGUGCGCAGCAAUCUCCUACACCACCUCGUCCGAGCCUGA